GACAGUUUUAGCAGACCGUGCUUCCGCGUCAUAUGUUUAACCUAAUCCUGGAGAUGCUUGAAAACACGGUUUCACUUGUCCGUAUUUUACUGCUUUUCUCAUCUUCACAGCUCAGCGACCGACUGGCCUUCCAUUCGUUGUUCUUACGGCUUUGAUUGAGAGCGCCUAGCUUCCUGUCCGUCUUGAGGUUUAUCCGAACACUAUUACACACGCUGUGCAAUGGAAUACGGGCAACCGCGAUCACGUAAUUUACCCCGAAGAAAUCCAGGAGCCAUCGGAUUUCAUCUAUGACAAUUUUUCCCGUCGAGUUUUACGGCUUGCAUUUGCUACACAGGUAGAACAAGUAAAAUUCUCACGGCGUGUGACUAUGGUGGCGUGUGGGCCAAGACAAAUCGUCGCGGAGUUUCUACGUGUGCCUCUAGUGGCGAAAGAGGUGCUGCUAUCGUGUAGUGCGGCGGCCGAAAGAUGAAGUAAGAUCCGGAAUCGCCUGGGUGUCAGUGAAUAAUUUGCUGAAACUGAAUAUGAAAAAUCGUAAUAAUCCUCGCCUUUGGUGCAGUUUUUGUUUUUCUUGAUGAAGCUGUGAAAAGUAAAGGAAACGGCCGUUCUGUCUGGUUGCUGCUUUUUAAUCCCAGGCUUCAGAUAUGGAGCUUCGAGUGGGAAACAAGUACAGACUAGGCCGUAAAAUAGGCAGCGGGUCAUUUGGAGACAUAUACUUAGGAACUAACAUAUCUACAGCUGAGGAGGUGGCUAUCAAGUUAGAAUGUAUCAAAACUCGACACCCGCAGUUACAUAUAGAGUCCAAAUUUUACAAAAUGAUGCAGGGUGGAGUUGGUAUACCUACCAUAAAGUGGUGUGGGUCAGAAGGGGACUACAAUGUAAUGGUGAUGGAAUUACUGGGUCCAUCACUUGAAGACCUGUUUAACUUUUGCUCACGUCGAUUCUCCUUGAAGACUGUUCUGUUGUUAGCGGAUCAGCUGAUAUCCCGAAUAGAUUAUAUACACAGUCGAAAUUUUAUCCACCGGGAUAUUAAGCCUGAUAACUUUUUAAUGGGACUUGGUAAGAAAGGAAAUCUUGUAUACAUAAUUGAUUUUGGCCUGGCUAAGAAGUACCGUGAUGGCCGUACCCAUCAGCACAUUCCUUAUCGGGAGAACAAGAAUUUGACUGGUACUGCUCGGUAUGCUAGCAUCAACACUCAUUUGGGGAUAGAACAAAGUCGACGGGAUGAUUUAGAAUCAUUAGGCUAUGUGUUGAUGUAUUUCAAUAGAGGAUCAUUGCCAUGGCAGGGUCUGAAAGCAGCUACUAAACGGCAAAAAUAUGAACGCAUUAGUGAGAAGAAAAUGUCUACACCAAUAGAAGAAUUGUGUAAAGGUUAUCCAGGUGAAUUUCCAACUUACCUGAAUUAUUGUCGUGCGUUACGUUUCGAAGAAAGACCUGACUACUCGUAUUUACGCCAGCUCUUUCGUAAUUUGUUUCAUCGGCAGGGAUUUACAUAUGAUUAUGUAUUUGACUGGAACAUGCUCAAGUUUGGUGGUUCACGGCAUGGAGGACCUGAAGAACAAAGAGAGAGACGCUACACAUCUCGCACAGCUCAAGGAGCUUCUGGAGCUACUGGUGUUGGUGGAACUAGCAGACGAACUCAGGCUGGAUUUGAUAUGGUAAACACACCUCCUGGAACAACUCCUCCAGUUACUACAGCAAGCCCGACUACUGCUUCUCCUCGUGGACGCACUGGGGAAACCCAAGAGCGUCGAGUAAGCAUGCGUUUACACCGAAGUGCUACUGGGGGUGCUCCUAAUGUUUCAACUUCAGACUUAACCAGUGCCAGAGUGCCAGACAGCUCGAAGCAGACCAAGUGAGUACCAAAGCUGUGCCAUAAAAGGUCAUACUUCAAGAAAACUGUUGUUCGUUCGUAAAAUGAAAGUUUGUUGGCACAUGUUCUUGCGUUGUUUGGUUUCACGCUAAUGUGGCUGUUGUGUGUGUUUUUUGGAAGUGCCACUAUGGCUCAAAUGGUUACUCGAGUCUCAAUGGAGUUUGGCUCCUUAGGACUGGGGCCAUAAGGGGGUAAGAAUCUUCCUGUAGAGGGAGUAUAUCCAAGGACAACUUUACAGGGCAGCCCAACGUGUGAGAAGUGUCAGAAUCUGGUGCAUAGUGUUUUAACUGUGAUUAGUAUGCUACUAUUGACUGUUCAGACUGACAUUCUAUUUAAAUUAACUACUAAAAGAGAUGAAAGUCUUUGUUGAAUAAUAAGCUUUGGUAGGCCUGGGUGUUAGUGCUUUUUAAAUACCCUUAUCUUUGCUUGGAAAUGCAAAAAUAAGUGAAUGGAAGGCAGAGAAGUGGUAGAGGCCUGCAAAGCACAAAAGUUCACCAUGUUUUUAUAACUUGUUUUCGAAAAAUUCGUUGAAUCAUUGAAGUCCCCUGUCCUAUACAAUGAAAGUGAAGAAUGUUAUUACAAUGAUGAAUAUGCAAGAUGGUUUAUGAGAGAGAAAUUCCUGUGAAAAAUUAUUAAUGCUGAAAGAAAUGAUUACCCACAUUGCAUUUUAUAUACAUGAUGAAGCCUUUUUAAGAUGAAGAAAUCAAUUGAAGAAAAGAAGUUCACUGAAAUGUAAUUGUUGUGUACAUAAAUAUAUACAUAAAUAAUUAUAUGAAAGUACCAACAGAACAAUGUGAAAAUCAGUGACAAUUCAGAGACGUUGUGCACUUUUGUGUUCCACAUCAGCUGUUGAUAUUUGUACCAAUGUAUCUUUUAACAGCAGCCUAUAUUUAAUGAAAACAUAUUCAAUGACUGAGAGCAAUUGUAUAAAUGUUGCUUGAUGAUUUUGGUUGACUGCUUGACUUACCAUAAAAAGGCUGAUCUCUCAUGUUCAGAGUGGUGUGUUUGAUAGUGUGUCUGCAUUUGUGGAAGAUUGUAUGACUGACGCUUUUUCUAUUUGAACUGUGUAGUUGUUUUGCCAGAAAUUUUGUGAAGUAUUAUUUUAAUAAUUUUUUUUUCUUUUGGUAAGAUGUGCUCUCUUUGUGUAUAAAAAUACAGAGUAUAUCAUGCUCUUUAUUUCUUGGUAGUGUCUUUUAGUACAAUACUACAUUUGUGAAUUUUUAGUACAUAUAAACAAUAUAUUCAGCUGUUUGUUUUGCUUGUUAUUGAAUGUUUGAUAAAUUCUGUUGUAUAUGUGAGAAGUUGAUGACAAAGUUGUUACUCUGACAUAUUUGUUAAUUGAAUUUGCUGAGGAAGUAUAUCUGAGAGCAUUGAAGCAAGACACAAAACUUUGUGUGCAAAACUGUGAAUAAACAAUUUUUUACAAUGGAAGAUAUUGAUAUAAUAUUUUUAAUUUGUUUUUUGUUGUUUUUUCAUGUGUUAAUAUGACAUUGCUUAUGAUUAUUCAAAUAAAUGCCUUAAAUUUUAUGAACAACUGAAUGUUUUCCCAUUAAUAUUUGGUUGUGCUGAACUUCUGUAUUUUGGGAAAAAAACGAGUGUAAUAAAACUGGAGUAACGUUGUGAAAGAGUAACUGACCAUUUUAAUAUAAUUCAUUAGCUUUUAUUGAUGUCGAGCUGACCAGAAAAUUAUUUCAAGUUUUAGAUGUAGUAUAUGUACUCAAGAAACUUUAAAUGAUAAUGUUUCCACAAAUUUAUCUUGGAUCUACAAAUCUAAAGUGUCCCAACUUAAUGUGCUGUAAAAUAUAGAAGCCAAAAGGAAUGGAUAUAGGGUGGACUAUGCCAGAGGAAAAAGGAUUAUUAAAUCAAUCAAAUUGUAAAUUUAUUGCAGCAAGAAAAAAAUCAGAAGCUUCUAGAAUUCAAAUUACAGUUUUAAUUAAAUUGAGAAAUAAUUGUUCAUUGCCGCAAUGUUUUUUUUAAUCUGUCACUGGAAUGUCUAUAAAAUUUUUAAACUUUCGUGUCAGAUUGCAUAUCUAUCAAGAUUUUGAGAAAUGAAAGAGAAAAAAAUAAAAAGCUGUUUGCUUCAAUUAUAUUUUGCAAUUGAAAAGUGUGCAGUGAAGUAAUAUUGGAUGUUGUGACAAAAAUGUGUAAUUAAAAACUUAAUUUGUCAUGAUGGAAUGACAUUGUCAUUUUUAUGUGGAUAAGCAAAUUCUUUGAAAGAAUCAGGAAGCUAGCUUUAUCUUGGCAUUGGCUAUUGAAUGGGAAAUCUAUUAAGGAAAAAAAUCACAUUUGUUUAUUUUUGCCACCAAAAAAAAUGUUGGGACUACUUAGUGCCAAUGUUCUUUGAUGACUGACUGCUUUUAAAUUGUUAACUCACAGCAAUACUCUUUAACCUACUACUUGUGGAGUUCUGGGACUAAGCUUGCUUUUUACAUUUGAAACUCUUUGAUCUUAACUGUUUUAAUUUCCUUAAAAUGUGUAACUCGUGUGAAAUAUAAAUUUUUGUCUGCAAUUCUUCCUAACACUACACUUCUUUAAAAUGACUUUGUGAUUGUUUAAUUUUAUCCUUUGUGUUGCUUUUUAAAGCUGGAUAUUUUUAAAUAACAAAAAGUCCGACUUCACCUUUAAUUCUAGUCUUCUGUUUUACAGCAGGUUUACAACACUGAUUGCAGAUUGAUUAUGUGCUGAUUGAUUACAAUUUUUUACAACACUGAUUGCUCUUUUGUGUUUGUGAUUGAUGAGCAAUUUGAUGGGAUUUUUGAACACACUUCGACAGUAGCGAGGAGUGGCAUUUUUGCGUAGUCAUCGCGAGACUUGCCUGGGGUUCAAGUUUAUUGUUCUGAAGUGACUGGGGGGAGGGGGGGCAACAUCUUCGUUUUAUUUUUUAAAUGCGCAGAACAACUCUAAUUUUAAUGAUAAAUAUAUAUAAUAUAUAUAUAUAUUAAAAUAAAUCUCGCUAGACAUACUCUUAGGUAAUACUGAAUGCUUUAGAAGUUAUGGUACUGACAGCAAAAUUGGAACUCAUUCUAUCCAAUAAAUGUGAAAUGAAAUAAUUAUAUUAAAAUUCAUUUUGUAUUUGGUUAGCAUUCAUAAUUAUUAUUUCUUGACCUACAAGAAAAUGCACCUUUCCCCCACACAAUUUAAAAUGGUCAUAUCAGUCAACUGAGCAAUCACUGCCAUUUUAGCAUUGCACAAUCAAAAUAAUAUUCGAAAUAAUCACAAGUCAAACUCUCCAGCCAGGAGUCAAAAAAACAGUAAAAAGCAGGCAGAGUGUCACACAAUUGGAAGUUGCGUACCCAACCCCCUGAUGUGCCGCUGAUUACAUUCUCAUAUCUUGCCACUACCCAUUAACUAAUCAGUGCUGGAAACCUCCUUCGAAGCAUCAGAGCACUUUUUGACGGCUCUGCCAUACUUGAAUAAACAAGAUAUAUAAUAACUUUCAAAUGCAGAUGAAAGAGAAUCAGGGAAUGCUAAACAAUGCUACUUAUCUGUUCAACGAUCAUGUGAACGGCCUGGAUAUGCACAUCAAUUUAGAUUCUAAAUGAUAUAAAUUCAUAGAAAUGUAUAUAAUUUAUUUUCUAAAAUGAUGCAUGACUUUUAGAAGCUGUCAUUGUAACACAUCGACAUUCAUGAAUUUAUAGGAGAAAUAUGUGUAAAUACAUCCUACAUUACUAAUUACUGUUGUAGAAAUCAUUUUUCUCUCCUGUGGAUUCCAAGAGAACUUUUUCAAUUAAUACAAGGGACAAGCUGCACUUUCACUCUUCUCCUUGGGUUUAUCUUUUAUUACUCAGUAUUAUUUUUGAAAUGGAAAAUUGCCUUUCUUCAGAUAGUAUUGGAGCUGGUUGUGCGUAUUAAUGUAGCUAAAUGUAUAAAAAUAAUUUCCUUAAAUACUCAGUUAAAAUUUUCUUAUUUGAACAGUUUCACCAAUUUUCAUGUAAGUUUGUCUUAAAAUGUUGCAAUUCUAUUAAAAUCAAUGAGUUCAUUUUUUUAAUCCCGGUGAUUCAAGAAUAUUUGGCCAAAAAGCUCUCAGAAAAAUUCUUCAUUUCAUGAUCAAAAGCAAUUCAAUUCAUAGCUAUUUAAUUUUUUUAAAAUUAUUAUUACCAUAAAAAUGUCUGUAAUUUCUCCCCAAUAUUUAAUUCUUUUCUAAAAUAUUGAGAAUGAAUAAUUUUUAUAAUUUUGUUUGGUCAACGAUGCAACGAAUCAAUGACCAAACAUCUCACCACUGCACUUCAGAAAGGUUUUUGAAUUUUGAUAUCAGCCUCUGCAUUUGUUCUUGCAUGUAUUUAAAAUGUGAAUUAUCUUCAUUUGUAACAUUUAAUUAAAUGUAAAGAAUGUAUCUAGUGUUCUAGUGUGUGACAUAACAUUGGAUUUUGUUUAACGGAGCCAUAAAGAAAAUUUUGAUUAUAAAAACACCUAGAAAGAUCUUUAUUACUUAGUAUUAUUAAUUAAAUCCACAUCAAAAGUUGUUAAGGAUGUUUUGGUGCAUAUAGUAUUAAAUAAUAGUAGCAGCUUGAUUUAUCUUUCUUCAUGAAAACAAAAUUAAAGUACAAAUGACCGUUUGUUAAUGUUUUUUACAAACGUUUUCUUUCAAACAACCAUUUUUGACUCGAAGAUCAUUCAUUGGACAUGGGAAGAGAAAUGCAGUAUUAUUUCCAAUUUUAAAAUGGUAUAUUUUCUAUUCUGGAACAUUUUGAUUAAGAAAUCACAAUUUGUAGUCAUUUUGUUGUGUUGAAGUUUCUAGGAGAUAGGUAUUUUAAAUUUCAUGCAUUACUUGUAUUGUAGUCAAUUUUUUAAUCUAGAUUUACUAUUUUUUAAAACAUUGUUCUAACUUUGAUCUGUUGUAUUUAAUGUUUCUCAAGUAACUUUUCCUUUUUUUGUCCAUGAGUAAUCUUCUGCCAGACUUAUACAAAGUUCUUGUAAGUUUUUAAAAUCACUGAAUCAGAGAAUGAAUUGUACAAAAAGAUGAGAUAUCAGCCUUUAGAGUCGUCAGAUACUGUGCAUAGAUGAAUAGACUGAUUUGCAUAUAAUACACAUUACUUAGGAAGAGCAAAAACAUCAAAAUUGGAAAAGACGAGGAAGUAUGUGACCAGUCCUUCAGGCACUGCCUUUUUGUUGAAUCAGUAAUUCUGUGUAUUAAAGUGUAAUGAUAUGUUGUAUUAUUUAAGUUAUAUCAAUAGUUGUAAUUUGUUACAUGUAAAUACAGCUUCGUGCUAGUAUACAGGGUUUUAAAUACCUGAAUGAAUGUAGGUAAUUUACAGAAUCUGGUAGACCAGUCCCACUUGUAUAUUGUGUAGCUGAAUUAAGUUGCUAUUAUUGCAGAACUGCUUUUGUGAAUGAUUAUUUUCACACCUGACAUGAUUGGAUGGGGUUUAUGAAAAAGUUAUUUCCCCAAUUUUUAUACACAUGUGCAUACAUAUUAUAUACAUUAAUAUAAUUAUUAAAAUAAAAAAUCAGUGCAUGCUUGGUUGUGAGAUAUAAAUGAUCAAUUAGAAUUCUUAAUAUAGGUUAGCCAGAGUGAGUGUGGUGUGUAUUCUGUAAAUUAGUUUGCCUCUUGACCUUGCAAAGGUUCUGAAACAGAUCUCACUGCUUGCUUCAGUGUUUCUUUUUAGAAUAAUGUGGUGUACAUGUAUUUUUUGUUAUAGCAGUUUUACUCCAGUUCUUACUAUCAGUGUCAAUGAAAUUUCAAUGAGUGAUUGUUGUAAUUAAGAAUAAAAAUUAAGUACGAAUGACUUCUUUUUUUAAUAAAAAAGACAAUGUGUUGCAUCAGAUUUAAAGUCUUAACAAUGGAGGUGAAGUAAAAUAAUAAAAAUGAAGUUGAGUGAUUGCAGAUGAAUUUUCAACAAAACUUUGUUUCCCUUCUUCCAUAUUUUGAGGAUGAUAAUCAUUUUUUUACAUCAUGGAAUUAUAGUAGAAUGCGAUAUGAAUUAUCAUUCUUAUUCAUGUACAUAGAAAAUAAUGCAUUUGACAAAACAUUAAAAUUGGUGAAAUAUGUGGAACAGUUUCUUUCAAUCAAUUCCUAGCUUCCUGACUUCCAACACCUACUGCCUUGUGAUAAUUACAGAAUUGUAUGAGUGUAAAUGAUAGAAUUCAUGAGCAACUCUUUUCAUUAUAAUUUCUCAAAGUUCUGAUAUCAUUAGCUCUCAGGCAAGGUUUAAUACAUUGGAGGGUUGUACUCAAAGAAUUUUAGAUACGUAAACAGUUGUUUUCGUUACAUUUAUUUUUUCCUGGAUGUUUAUGUAUCCAAAAACUUGAUUAUCCAUGUCUUUAAACAUUUCAACAAGCAUCUGUGAAGUACUUGUUUUUUAUUUUUUGUAAUGACGUUUUCUGAAAUAGCUUCUGAAAAUAUUCUAGUCUUAUGAUUUGGCAUUCAGUGUGUGCUUUUGAAUGUUAUCUAAGGUCUAAUUUACGAUCUUUUAAGCUGAAAAGAAAAUUCACUUCAUUUCUUUUAAAAAUUGUUAUUAAGAACUUUACUCUUAAAAAGCUUGUGUAAAAAGUAUUUUUCAUGACAUUCCUGUAAUUUUAGAAUACCGUGCUCUUGGCAGUUUAUUUGAAGUUUAUUAAAGUAAAGAAUUUAAAUUAAGAAGUGUAAGUAAAUAAGAUAACAAACAUGUAAAAACUUCGAAAUUAAUAUUGUUGUUGGUUUUAUGUAAAACUACAGACUUUCUUUAGUGUAAAAGGUACUCCUGGAUAAGAUGGUAAAAACUAUAUAAUAAAAAAAAAAUUAAAAAAACAUCUGUCUUAGUAC